UUGUAAUAUUCUUGCUUGUUAUACGGCUUCGAAUCAAAUUGUGGCUUCAUUACCUCAGUUGGCUUUAUUGUUGCAUUCAGAGAAGCUAAUAAAGGAAAUGAUGCUGCUGCCAGUCAAUAAGGAUGGGGAAGCUCUGUUGACUGAUAUAAAGGUAGCUGUUUGUAUUGAUUAUCGCAAACUUGAAGCAUUUGCUGAGAUUUUGUGUAAAGCAACAGCCACUGCUGGAAUAGGGAUGGCCAUUAAGAAUGAAUACAGAGAAAAUUUUUGCAGUAAUGAUUCUUUAAUGACUAAUAGCACUGUUGGCACUGCUGAAGAGUUGAAAAUUCACUUUCCUCAAAGUAUGAUUGCAGAAUUUAAGAAAAUGAGAUUGAAGUUUGGCAAAACAUUCUUAAGUGUGAAGAAUAUCAUAAAGGCAAACCCUCCAGCACUUGAAGAUAUGAAAGAUACAUUAAUUUUUUCUUAUUCAGCCUUGAAACCUCAAGUAGCUAAGUGUGAAGAUAUUCGUAGCAUAUUAGAAUUAAUUAGUGAAAAUUGUUCGCUAAAUGAUAUUAGUAUGCUAGAGUUCUUUGUUAAUGAGUCUGAAAUAGACGGGCUGGCUAAAGUUUUUCAAGAAUAUAAUGAAGCUCUUAAGAAAUUUAGUGAGACUAAGCUCAGUCAAUAUUUAAAAGGGGAGUUUUCAUACGCUUCACCACUGCAAUGUGAAAAGAUUACCAUUGUCAUCGAUGUGGAUGAAAAUGCUGAAGAGCUGAUGUUGAAAGAUGUCAAGAGAUUAUCAGUGGAUAUAUUUCAUAAAUUAUCACGAAAUGUCCGGUUAAAUGUCAUUAGAGAUGGCAAUUCUUUUACUGUCACUUGUUCCUUCCCUUUGAUUCUAUCUGAUCAUUUAAUAGCAGCUGCUCUUAAUAAUAUUGACAUAUUAAAAGAAAACCGAGUGAAGAAAAUGAUCAUUGGCUAUUAUACUGUGUAUGAGGUAAAUGAUGCCUCCACUCCUACAACAAAGCAGCAGUGUGCCUCAUUACCAACUAGACCUAGUAGUGAUUUAUCAAAGCAACUGAUGCUGUCUCUGAAGGUACAACUGAUUAACAGUGAAGAAGAGGUGGCUACUUUAAAUGAGGAAAGUAAAGCAAUGAAAGAAGAAGCAACAUCAUUGAAGGAAACACUGGAAGCUAAACGCAAGAUGCUGAGAGCCAAUAUAGUAGAGAAUGAUAAGUUUAAAGAACUAGCAGCCGGGCUACAAGAGAAAUUAUCACAUUUAACAAAAGAGAAUGAGGAACUGAAUGAAAUUAAAAAAAUAUUAGAAGAGCAGCUUGCUUUAUUUCAAUCUGAAAAAGGAGAUAUUGAGGAUAAAGAGGAAAAAAAAUUGAAAAGUUUCAGUCAACCGAUACAACAUUUGAAAUUGAGACUUUAAGAAACAUGUUAAGACAAAAGGAUGAGAAAAUCAAACAGGAGCAAGUCGCUUGGAGUAAAGAAAUAGAACUAUUGCAAGAGAAAAUAACUACAAUGAAUUCACAACAAAUUGAGAAAGAUAAGCUAGUACAAG